AUUUCGUUGGAAAUGGCAGCACAUCUCAAAAAGCGAGUUUACGAGGAAUUCUCCAAAGUUGUUCAGCUUCCCCAAGAGGAGGCUCCAGCCAAGAAGCUCCGUCUGACCAAGCCAAGUAAGUCUGCAGCGCUGCAUAUUGACCUGUGUAAGGCCUCCAACCCCACUGAUGCCCUGCAGUACCUGCUGCACUUCGCCCGUAGCUCCGUGGAGGCAGAGAGUGUGGAAGGGGUUGUGCGCAUACUGCUGGAACACUACUACAAGGAGCAGGAUAACUCUGUACGGCUGAAGAUUGCCUCUCUGAUCGGCCUGCUUAGUAAGACCCAGAACUUCAACCCUGAGAGUAUCCUAGAUGACACCCUCAAUACAUUCAACACAGAGAAGUCCCAUCAGGUCCUGGCUCAGUUGCUGGACACUCUGCUGGUCAUCGGCACCCAGCUCCCAGAAAGCCUUAUUGUCAGACACAGACUCAUAGAGGUGGCCUACAAGCACCUGUCAGACACAUAUUUCGGUGUGAGGAAUAAAUGCCUACAACUCCUGGGUUGCCUGGGAAAUGUGGACACGUCCCUAAAUAAAGAUGGACAGGGAUUGGUUCCAGCUGUUAUUGGGGGCAGUGCUCCAGGGGUGUCUGGCGGAGUGUGUGUGAGAGACGCGCAGAGCCUCAUCAGUGACUACUUUGCAGACCAGGACCCACGGGUGCGCACGGCGGCCAUCAAAGCCAUGCUACAACUGCAUGAAAGGGGACUGAAGAUUCAACAGACCAUUUAUGAUCAGGCCUGUCAGCUGCUGUGUGAUGACUAUGAGCAGGUUCGUUCGGCUGCCGUUCAGAUGGUGUGGGUCCUGAGUCAGCUCUAUCCAGAGAGCAUUGUGCCGAUUCCGUCGUCCAAUGAGCAAGUCCGUCUGGUCGACGACUCGUUUGGGAAGAUCAGUCACAUGGUCUCUGAUGGAUCCUGGGUGGUCAGGGUGCAGGCCGCAAAAACACUGGGUAACAUGUUGCAGGUCAGUCCUCACUUCCUAGAGCAGACUCUGGACAAGAAGCUGAUGUCAGAUCUCAGGAGGAAACGUACUGCUCAUGAGCGGGCCAAGGAGCUCUAUGCGUCAGGUGAGUUCUCCUCGGGGAGGAAAUGGGCUGAUGAUGCUCCCAAGGAGAAGGUGGACACCUCAGCUGUCAACCUGAUCGCCUCGGGGGCAUGUGGAGCCUUCGUACACGGACUGGAGGACGAGAUGUACGAGGUGCGUAUUGCUGCUGUGGAUGCACUCUCUGCUCUUGCCCAAUCAUCUGCCAGCUUUGCCGAGAAGUGCCUGGACUUCCUGGUUGACAUGUUUAAUGAUGAGAUUGAGGAAGUCAGACUGCAGUCCAUCCAUGUCCUGAGACAGAUCUCUACUAACAUCACCCUGAGAGAAGACCAGCUGGAUACUGUACUGGCUGUACUAGAGGACUCGUCUCGUGACAUCAGAGAGGCGCUACAUGAGUUGCUGUGUUUCACCAAUGUGUCGACUAAAGAGUGUAUCCAACUGGCCCUGCUGGAGCUGCUGAAAAACCUCACUAAGUACCCCACCGACCGCAACUCUGUCUGGAAGUGUCUAAAGUUUCUAGGUUGUCGUCAUCCUACCCUGGUGUUACCGCUGGUUCCAGAGCUGCUCAGUACUCACCCCUACUUCCACACCCCUGAACCAGACAUGGACGACCCUGCCUAUAUUGCAGUUUUGGUGUUGGUGUUCAACGCAGCUCAGUCUUGUCCCACCAUGACAGCUCUGUUCUCAGACCACACCUUUAGACACUACACCUACCUACGGGACAGCCUCUCUCACCUAGUACCUCCUCUCAGGUUACCAGGGAGGACGCAGGCCCCAGGUGUGAGUGGUAUAGAAGGUUCCAGCAGUGUGGAGUCUGCUCAGCUGUUCCUCCAACAGAGUCUGAGCAGAAUUAGCACCAUACACAACCUACAGGACCCCGGGGCUCAGGACCUGCUCAACUUUACUAUCAGAGACCUACAGAGACUGGGGGAGCUACAGACAGAGCUGGCAGGGGCUGCUGACUUCUCUGCCACCUACCUCCGCUGCCAACUACUGCUCACCAAGGCCUUGCAGGAGAAGUUGUGGACUAUGGCCGUCCCCCUUUGCCUUAAACACAACGCCAUGGCAACUGCUGCAGCCAAACAGAUGUUGGAGGAGACAUAUAAACUGGAGUUCCUAUAUAGUGGUCUGGAGAACAGACAGGUGGCCACCAUACACCAUGUCAGACUACAGGCUAAGGCCUUACAGCUAGUCCUGACUGCCCGUACCAGACGAGGAGUUGAACCUCUCAUCAGUGUCUGUGAGAAAUUCCUUCAGGAGGUGGAAUCUUUUCAGAGGCUGUUUGUGGUGGAGCUGCCCCACCUCCAGGAAAGUUUUGUUGGGAAGCUGUUGGACUUGAGUCCCAAGCUGUCGGCCUGCAAGCCUGGAGAACUAGUCAAGAUCCUUCAGACCACAUUGAGACAGAGUGGCUUCUUAAACCUUCAAUUACCUAAACAGGUCCAGCGUGCAUCGGCGACCAUCAUCGAGCCGACAGGAGAGUCUGACAAUCCGCUGCGUUUCACCUCUGGCCUGGUGGUGGCGCUAGACAUCGAUGCUACGCUGGAGCACGUACAAGACCCCCACAACACUGUCAAAGUACAGGUGCUGUAUCCAGAUGGCCAGUCUCAUGUGAUUCAGCCUAAACCUGGAGACUUCAGGAGUCCUGGACCACACCGCCACCGCCUCAUCACACAGGUCUACUUGUCUCACUCCGCAUGGACUGAGGCGUGUCAGAUCGAGGUGAGGCUGCUGCUGGCCUACAGCUCAUCUCGUCUCUGUAAGGCGGUGUGGAGCGACAGCAGCACUGAAGGCCUCCAGCCAGCAGAGGGUGCCACUGAGGGAACCAUUCCCUUCGGCAAACCUGUCAAGGUCUUCAUCAUGCCUAAACCUGCCCGCCGCUGACACCAAACACACCUCUAAGCAUCCAUCUCGCUUUCUCUCUCCUAUCUUUUCUGUUGUCUUCUCCCACCCGACCCUCAGCCAUUGGAGCAGACCUCAAAGCUGGCUGUUCCUUACUGCGUACAUAUUUACCAAACAAUAUGUUUAUAUUGUGACUGUGUGCCACUCAACUAGAAUGAGGAUGCGUCCCAAAUAGCACCCUAUAUAGUGCACUACUUUUGACCACUAAAGGAAAAAGGGUGCCAUUUGGGAUUCAUCCUGAGACUGAGCCAGAGUAUCACUGAGGUCACCUGUCUGUUGCUAUUCCUAGUUGAUAUAGUUAAGGACCAUUUUUUCUUUUCUUUAAAUGACAAUAAAUGAAACCAGAUGACAAAAA